AUGGAGCUUACGACCAGCGAACUCAGCAUCUAUGACAAGCUCUCCGAGACGAUCGAGCUGGUGCGGCAGACGGGCCACCAGUGCGGGAUGUCGGAAAGAGCCAUUGAGAAGUUCGUCAAGCAGCUCUUGGAAAGGAAUGAACCCCAAAGAGGACCUCCACGGUACCCUAUCUUAGCAUUUCUCUACAAGGCCGUGCUCACGCUGGCGCUGCUCCUGCUCACCGCGUACGUCGUGCUGCAGCCGGCCAGCCCGGGGCCGCCCGACGCGCCGCUCUCCAGGGCCCACGCCUGGGGCUCCCUCGUCGCUCACAUCCGCCUGCUCUCCCUGCCGAUUGCCAAGAAGUACAUGCUCGAGAGAUGCCAGGACUGGUGGGCAGCGGGAUGCGGGCGGAACAGCUCCGUGCCCGCUGCAAACUGCACGGGCUGCUCUGCUGUGAGGAGCCUCCCCGUGGUGACAGACUUUGGCGAAAUAGCAGAGAAGCUCCAGAGGGCUCAGCCUUUUCUAAUGAAGACAGGACAGUAUCUUUCUUACGAAGAGCUGAAGCAUUUUCAGUCCCAGGAUCCAGGACUGGCAGAGGUUAUAAUAGAAGAAUAUUCAGCUGAGCUGUGGAGCUGCCUUCCAAGACAGAGCUUCCCAUUUUUCUUUCCCUGGAACAAGUCUCCAAAUAAAACUCGGAUUCUGCAGGAAUUCUUCCCCGCUUCCUCUCUACUGUCCUUCCCUAAGUCGGUGUCCCUGGAGAGCUGCUUCCUCAUCCGCCAUCCAGAUUUAGGGAAUAAGAGCUACAGCUUGCACAGCCUCUUCGCUGUGGGGAGCGGACAGCUCACGCUGACCGUGGUGCCUCUGGACAAGUGUAGAGGACACUGCAGGACCUUCGAGGUGCAGCUGGAGGCUGGGGAUUUCGGUUUUGCCAGCGCGGAUUACUGGACGAUGAGCUUCACUGCCAAAGGGACAGAGCCCGUGGUCGUCUGUGACGGAGCUGCUAGCUAAGGACAGGGAGGAGGGAAAACCGAGCUGCUUCCAGGACAAGAAGACUUUCAGCUUUGCAGCCAAAGCACCGUCUUGAAAGCGCUCGAGCCGGGGCGACGGGGCAGGCAGCUUUGCCACCCUGCAUGUUUACAGUGUUCAAAAACGACUGUUUUCCUGA